GGUGGACACGAGUCAUGAAUUACCAAAGGCUGUCAAAGUUGACGGCAGAUUCACGAACCCGUGGUCCACAUGGAGAAUGCCCUCCAUGUGGAAAGCCGUCAAAUUCCUUAUGGAAACCAAUCACAGCGAUAUUCCCAAGGAAGAGGUCCUCAACCAAACCCUUCCAAUACUUAAACCAAACUUUAACUACGAUGUGAACCGCAUAUCCAUGACAUGGAUCGGUCACUCGACUUCUGUCAUCAACAUGGAUGGCGUAACCAUAUUAACGGAUCCAAUAUUUAGUACGAGAGCAUCGAUGAGUCAAUUUGUAGGUCCGGCCCGAUAUAGGAAGGCAGCCGCCACUGUCGAUGAAUUGCCACAAAUCGAUGCGGUGGUCAUCAGUCACAACCAUUACGAUCACCUCGACUUAGGAAGUGUGGAGGCAUUGAACGCCCGCUUCGGGUCAGACCUGUAUUGGUUGGUUCCGUCAGGUCUUAAGGAGUGGAUGAAGGAAGUGGGUGUCACUCAGAAUGUAAUAGAGCUGGAGUGGUGGCAGUCCACUUGCAUUCCCAAUCACCCCGACAUCCAAUUCACUCUAACACCGGCCCAACACUGGACUCGAAGGGGUCUGACCGAUGAGCGCAAGGUUCUGUGGGGCAGUUGGACUGUCAUCGGACCUAAACAUAGAUUUUUCUUCGCUGGCGAUACCGGUUAUUGUCCUGUAUUUAAACAAAUCGGACAAAUGUACGGACCCUUUGAUUUAUCCGCCAUACCUAUCGGUGCAUAUGAGCCCCGGUGGCUAAUGGAGCCCCAACACGUCGACCCCGAACAGGCCGUCCAAAUACACGAAGAUAUCAGGAGUAAAUUAAGUGUUGGAGUGCAUUGGGGAACGUUUGCAUUGGCUCAUGAGUACUAUUUGGAGCCACCGAUGAAACUGAAGACUUCGUUAAAUGAACACAAUUUGAAUGAAACGGAAUUCAUAACCAUUUCUAUAGGCGAAACCAAAACUAUUUAAAAAUUAUUCAAUUUAGCUAAUGCUGUCAAAUAGGAAAGAAUUUAAACCUUUUAAAGCACGUCUAAAAAAUAUCAUAGUUUUAAACUCAACUCAUAUUUUUAAAAAUCAAAGUAUUAUAUUUAAUAUACCGGUAG